UCAUUAAUAAUCAUUCAGUGGAAUAGACUUUAUUGAAUAGGAGGUGAAAUCUUUCGGUAUUUUAAUAAGCAAAGUGUCAGUAUCUAGCGAAAUAAGUUUCCAUUUCGUUAUUCACCACUUUUUUGACUUGUAUAUUUAAGGAAUAAACUGAUCAUGACAAAUAAUUGAUAUUUUAUACAAAUAAUCAAUCAAUAAAAUAAAAUUUAUCGAAUAAGCGGUGGAAUUUUUCGGUAUUUUAAUAAGCAAACUGUGAAACUAUGGACGCCAAUCAAGGUGAUGGAGAGGUCCGUCAAACUGGUGCAUGCCUCUUAGAGAAAGCGUCAACAUUCGGUACAUAUAAAGAAGAUGAGCUCCGUUCAUUGUUUUUAAACGCAUUUGUUGAUAAUUGUCCAAACUUCCUCUCAAGUUUCAUCGCAGAUACUAACCCACCGCCACCACGAUUGAUAAUCGAAAAUCUCGAUUUGGCUAAAUAUAAUGCUGUUCAUCUAAUGUUAUUGUUCUCUUCUGCUGUAGAAGUACGUCGUUCAGUCCUCAGUGUGGCAAUAUAUUUAGAUAAGCAUUCGAGUCCACCUUCGGAGAAAUUCAAUCAUAAUACUGGAGUGAUUGAUUUGAUUGCUCUGAAUCUGCCGCACAGUCCAUACGACGUAUAGAAGGCUUUACACACCCGAUUACUGGAGAUAAAUUUUUCUUGAGUUCCAUUUCAGAUGAUUAUUACACCUCUAAGGAGCCUAAAUACUUCUGUGAGCAAUCUUAAAUCCAUGACAAAGAUUGCUUUCUACUUUAUUUAUUUCUUUACUUGCCUGCAUUUUUUCAAUUGUUACGUCCAGCUAAAUGCUUUUUAAAUAAAUAAGAGAAUAUUCAAACGAUAAUUAUAAAUAAUAUUAUUA